ACGCGUCCCCACUGACACUUCACAACGACAACAUACCAGUAAACUGCAUUAGCAAGGUCGAGAGUAGGACAAUAACGUAGACUUUGUACUUUAUGCUGGUCCAAAGGUCCUGUUUUCUUGACUACGGGCUCUUGCCUUUUGGAAACACCACGGUUCAAUAGCAUUAGAGUGUUCUGCACGUCCUAAGCUGUAUUUUCGUGCGUGCACUAGUGGUAGCAUUUAGCUUGUUUAGAAGUCAUCAUGGCUAUGGGUGGGCUGAGAGCUUCUUACCACAGAAUCCUGGGCAGGAUCGAGCAUAUGCUGCCGGCUAAACUGAGACCUGUUUAUAACCACCCCGCAGGUCCAAAGACUGUGUUUUUCUGGGCACCAAUGUUUAAAUGGGGUCUGGUCUUAGCUGGCUUAGCAGACAUGGCACGUCCAGCAGAUAAACUCAGUACCUCCCAAUCUGCUGUGCUGACAGCCACAGGUCUUAUUUGGUCCAGGUAUUCCCUGGUUAUUAUACCCAAGAACUGGAAUCUAUUUGCUGUAAACUUCUUUGUUGGAGGUGCAGGAGGAUCACAGCUCUACAGAAUAUGGCAGCAUAACAGGGAACAGAAGGAAAAGGAUAAAGAAGCACAGGCUUGAUAGCAGUGCUGUGUAAAGUGCACCCAGAGGACCGAAAGGGACUCUCCUUAACUGGUACCCCAGAAACUUCCCCUCCAUCAUCAGUCAUCCAGUAGAGCCUCCAGACACUUUCUUCAUGAACCGAGAUCAUCUGAUUUUUUUUAAA